CUUCCACUGUGGCGCCUUCUGUCCCACGUAAAGCUUGACUUGUCAGUUGUGCGUCUUCCUGGUUUUUUAAAAUGACUUUGUGCUUCACAAAAGAGUCCAACUGCAUCGGAAGCAAAAUACUUGAAAUGUAGUCUCAGUCGUCUUUUCCAAAAACGAAAGUGACUUUUGUGCAAGCAACAACAAUCAACAUGUUGCUUUUUAUUCUUCUGCUUUUCACGCAAAGUGACGCCUCGCCGAAAUCAGAAGACCCACAACUCUCAUCCCUCAGGUCCGUGUUGGACAACUUUGACGUGCUGACACCGUCCAGCGUUCACACUCACUCGGUCCGCCGCCGCGACCUUCUCACAAGUCAUGUGGAGAAAGAGAUCAGUUUCCACGCACUGGAAAGACACUUCCGUCUGUACCUGAGGACCAACGAGCACAUCUUCACUAAAGACUUUCGCACGGUGGUGGUGGACGCUGACGGCGAGCACGGUUACCACGUCAACAGACACCACUUCUUCACGGGACACGUCAUCGGGGAAGAGAACUCUCGUGUUCAGGCACGUGUUGAUGAGCAUGACUUCUCCGCCCACAUAGUGACACAGGAGGCGGAGUUUAACGUGGAGCCUCUGUGGAGGUUCACGGUGCCCUCUGAUGGACGCCUACUGGUCUACCGUUCUGACCACAUCCGAAAUCUCAGCCGAGUGCAGCGGCCAUCCGUCUGUGGCUACGUGAACUCUGACCCCCGCCACUUGCUUCCUGAAGGCGUGGGCGCCGUGGAGGAUUAUGAGGAGGAAGAGUGCACAUCGAGGGCGAGGCGUGGCUUGCACGAGCACCGGAAGAACACGUGUCCUCUGCUGCUGGUGGCCGACCAUCGCUUCUUCAAACACAUGGGUCGCCAGGAGGAGAGCACCACCCUCAACUACCUGAUCGAGCUCAUUGACCGCGUGGACGACAUCUACAGGAACACUUCGUGGGACGACGAGUUCUCCGGCUACGGCGUCCAAAUCCAGCAGAUCAUCAUCGAGAAGAUGCCGACCGCCGUGGCGCCGGGAUCGAUCCAUUUCAACAUGGCGGGAAGUCCGGUGGCAGGCCGAGACGUGUGGGAUGUCAAGCGUCUUCUGGAGCAGUUUAGUGUGGACGUGGCAGAGAAGGCGGCCAACGUGUGCCUGGCCCACCUGUUCACCUACCAGGACUUUGACGAGGGCACGCUGGGCCUCGCUUACGUGGCACCCGCCAAACCCGACAUCCCCGGCGGUCUGUGCUCCAAAGGGUGUCCGUCGUCCAACGAGCGCCUCAUCUACCUCAACACGGGACUGACCAGCACCAAAAACUACGGCAAGACCAUCCUCACCAAGGAAGCCGACCUGGUGACCACGCACGAGCUGGGACACAACUUUGGGGCAGAGCACGACCCGGAUAAUAUUCCCUACUGUGCCCCCCGAGAGGACCGGGGCGGCAAAUAUGUCAUGUACCCCAUUGCUGUGAGCGGCGACCAUGCCAACAACAAGGUCUUCUCCAACUGUUCCAAGCGCUCCAUUGUGAAGCGUCUGAGGUCCAAGGCGGCAUCCUGCUUCAAGGAGAGGACAGUAAACGUGUGCGGAAACUCUCGGGUGGAACUUGGCGAGGAGUGUGACCCGGGCCUGCUGCACAUCAAGUCUGACCCCUGUUGCACUGACGAGUGCCGCCUAAGGCCUGGCGCACUUUGCAGCGACAGGAACAGCGCUUGCUGUAGGAAGUGCCAGCUGGAAGCGGCGGGUGAAGUGUGUCAGGAGCCCAUCGACGCCACCUGCAAGGGUCGCUCCUACUGCACAGGGUUCAGCAAAGACUGUCCUCCGCCGCAGAACGCUCCAAACAAAACGUCCUGCUUGGACAACGGCGAGUGUCAGGACGGUGAGUGUGUCCCCUUCUGUCUUGCCGUCCUCAACCUGCAGCCAUGCGCCUGCAACGAGACCAACGCUUCCUGUAAGGUGUGCUGUCGUGGAAGCAGUGGUGUGUGCACCCCCUACCGGGACUCGGCUGGUCACUUCCUGUUCCUGCGUAAAGGCAAACCGUGCACGGUGGGCUUCUGCGACGGAGCGGGGAAGUGCAUGAAGCAGGUGCAGGACGUGGUGGAGCGUCUUUGGGACUUCAUCGACAAGCUGGACAUCAACACUUUCGCCAAGUUCCUGGCUGACAACAUCGUGGGCUCCGUGGUGGCGUUCUCCCUCCUGUUGUGGAUCCCCUUCAGCAUCCUCGUACACUGCGUGGACAAGAAACUGGACCAGCAGUAUGAGCAGACCAACAAGUCUCUCUUCUUCCCCAGCAAUGCAGAACUCCUGAGCAGCCUGGAAUCGGCCUCCGUGCGAAUCUUCAAACCUUCCAACCCGGCCUCAGCUGGCCCACGCUUUCAGGCGUCCAGCCCAGCCCCCCCAGAGAGCCCCCGCAUGGCCACCAUCAAGGAGGACCCCAGCUUUGACGAGGAGGCGCUGCAGGAGGCAUUCGGGCGGCCACAGGGAUCGGCACCACGUUCCUUCGAGGACCUGACGGAGCAAAGCGUGCCCGUCAGAAAGCUAAGAGUGCAGCGUCAACGUCACGUGGACGCCAAAGAGACGCAGUGCUGACCAGCCAAUCACAGACGCUCAAGCGCUUUGCGUUGUUAGCUCUGUUGCCAUGGUAAUACACAAAAAUGUUUGGAUAGCCAUCAGAGCAAAUGUUUCCUUUAAUCAACAAAAAAACAUGAAAAAAAGACAUGAUAUCACAGGGUGUGCGUGGUCUCUCAGAGGGGGGGGCAAAGGGCGUCAUAGAGCCGAUGCACGGCAACUUCCAACAUCUCCCUCAGAGACUCAUCCUCUCCGCACGUCACGACCUGCAGAUCACAGAAGUCAGGUCAACGUAGCUUAGCCUCAUUGUGAAGCAGAAUUCAGCAGGCGUUGGAUUGUUCACCCAUAAUAGGGAACGUGCUGUUUAGAUUGUUGUGAGACAGGUUAGUUUUACGCUACUGACGAAAUGUUGUUGCAAUAGUAAUCCUGCUAGUUACCAGCUAAUGCUAAAAGUGCUGACAAUGCCAAUGAUUGACACUUACUCUGCUCUCCGGGUCCACGAUUGCUGACACGCCGUCCACACUGAUCAUUACAUGUUUGUCAUCUUUGAAGUGGACACAAUCGUCUCCGAACAUGUCGCUACACACACACACACACACACACACACACACACACACACACACACACAGUCAUUGGUUCAUCUAAUUAUAAUAAACGGUUGACAACAUCCUGUCUAGAUGCU